GUCACUGGCAGUCAGUCUGCGAGCCAAGAGUGGGAGAGUGGUCAUUUCCUUUGCUCUCCAGACAGCGAGUGGACUUUUGUGGUCGCAGCUAAAGCUUUGAGAGAUCCACAAGCAACACUGCAGCAGAGAUGGGAUUAUUUAUCACUCUUCUUCUGCACUGGAUGGAGCUUUGAGAAAAAUUCUAGCGGGAAAUAACAUCCUCUGAAAAAUAAGACAACUUAAGCCUUAAGCGACCAUGCCGUGCGUCCAGACCCAGUGCGGAUCCUCUCCACAAGGAGCCAGCCCGGCUUCCCAGAGCGGCGGCGGAGAGCGCAGCUGCGACUUUCUCACCCCGGAGUUUGUCAAGUUCAGCAUGGACCUUACUAACAGUGAAAUCUCUGCUGCAACGUCAGGCCCUACUUUUGGCCCUCUGCCGGACUCUUACAGCUCCGGGUACGACGUGAAGCCCCCGUGCAUCUUCCAGAUGUCAGUUCAGGGGGAGCUUCCGUGCGUCAAGGUGGAGGAUGCGCACGGGUGUCCGCGGUAUCAGCCGAAUCAACAUCCCUCACACCAAUCCGACGAGCUGCUCGCCUCCCCGGGAUCCGUUUAUUAUUACCGCCCUCCCUCACCGCACACCCCUAUCGCUUCCAGCUUCCAAACGCCGCCGGGACACAUCUGGGAUGACUCCGGCUCUCUGUACAGUUUCCGACAAGACUAUUUGGCGGCGGCGCACAGGAAAAGCGCACUAUCCAGAUUUUCUCUGUUUUCUCUCAAACACGCGCAGCACAGCGGUCAGAGCUUGUCCACCUGCCAGAUGAAAUUUGACCGAUCUCUCCACGUGUCCAUGCACCUGGACGCAGCCGGAGCGCACCAGCCGCUGGACACUCCCGGGGUUUUGGGCUCCGCCGGGCUGGGAAAGCAGCCCGGUGUGGGAUUUCCUCACCCGCUCCAGCUCGCCCACAGUCACCACUUUAUGGACUACCAGACCUCUUCUGGCCCCAGCCGAGGACCAAUGAGCACGGAGGGGCUGUGCGCGGUGUGCGGGGAUAACGCAGCCUGCCAGCACUACGGAGUGCGCACCUGCGAGGGCUGCAAGGGUUUCUUCAAGCGCACAGUGCAAAAAAAUGCCAAAUACGUGUGUUUGGCUGCCAAAAGCUGCCCGGUGGACAAACGCAGGAGGAACCGAUGCCAAUAUUGCCGCUUCCAGAAGUGCCUUGCAGUGGGAAUGGUUAAAGAAGUGGUGAGGACAGACGGUCUGAAAGGUCGAAGAGGUCGUCUGCCGUCCAAACCUAAAGCUCUUUCAGACUCGUCUUCACCUGUCAGCACCCUCCUGAGCGCCCUCAUCAGGGCGCAUGUGGAGUCAAACCCCUCACCCUCUCGCCUUGACUACUCCAAGUUCAAGGAGAGUCCUGGAAGUCCGCUGGGAGACGAUGCACAGCACGUCCGGCAGUUUUAUGACCUCCUGACCCGAUCAAUGGAGGUGAUUCGAGGGUGGGCGCAGAAGAUCCCAGGCUUUACCUCCCUAACCAAACACGACCAGGACCUCCUCUUCUAUUCAGCUUUCCUGGAGCUCUUUGUUUUACGACUCUCAUACAGAUCCAGCCCAGAGGACGGGAAGCUGAUCUUCUGCGACGGGUCGGUGUGGCACCGGCUCCAGUGCCUGAGGGGUUUUGGGGAGUGGAUUGACAGCAUUGUUGAAUUCUCUGGCAAUCUACAGAGGAUGAACCUGGACGUCUCCACCUUUUCCUGCAUAUGCACCCUCGCCCUGGUCACCGAGAGGCACGGACUGAAGGAGCCGAAGAAAGUGGAGGAGCUGCAGAACAACAUCGUCAAGUGCUUGAAGGACGGCGGGAUGUGCGCCGACGGAAGCUCAAGCUGCUGGUCCAACCACCUGUCCAGACUUUUGGAGAAGCUGCCUGAACUUCGCACUCUGUGCAUCCAGGGCCUGCAGAGGAUUUUCUAUUUGAAGCUGGAGGACCUGGUGCCACCGCCCGCAAUAAUAGAUAAGUUAUUCCUCGACACGUUGCCAUUUUAGAGACAUAAGAGAAUACACACGGGGACUUUUCUUCUGUGUUUUUCUCAGCGAUGGCACUGGUACACUUCUGCUUUCAUCCCAGCAGUCAUUCCUGACAGUCUGAGCUCUGUGCACUGCAAAAAGAACAUUUCAAAAACUAAUACUGAGCAAUUAAAUCACAUUUUCCUAUCUAAAUGAUUUGUGCGUUCCAUCAUGUUUAGGUUCUUUAUAACCUAUACUAGUCAUAUAGUGACUAUCAUAUUCAGUAGACUCUAUCAUGGUCUUGUGUUCUCAGUAAAAUGUCAUUGUCCAUGUUUUAAUAAAUAAAUGAAGCUA